GUUUCGCUGCCUUUGUCACUGCGCCGCACUGGCAUGCCUCAGGCCAUGGGGUUUGUUUUGAUUCGACGUUUAUCGACAACAGGGUCUAUGUUGCCUUUGUGCCGGAGUAUGUCGAUGCUCAGGAGUUGGUGCACAUCGCUGAUCUGCCCAGGCAGGCAGGCAUUGCAGUCUGGAUCGGACCUGAUUUGCAGCUCCUUCCACCAGGUCACAGAACACAUGUCUUUCCGGGUAUGCUGGUCCUGUUCUUGACAGAAGAGACUGAACCUCCGGUGCUGCUGUCGUUGGGUCAGCUUCUGCUGUUGCGGCAUGUUUGGGGUACAGAUGUCGCGUUGUCCCCUCCUGACUUUGGUCCGGCCUAUUGUCUCGCUGGACGAGGGCAAGGACAGCUCAUGCUGGCUGACCUACAUAAUCCGACCAGGUACAGGCGCCAGAUUUCAGAAGCCACCGGAGCCAAUUUGCAUCGCAUGCGUAUUUUUGCCAGUGACCCACGGCCCUUAGAUGUGGCUCUCCAGGGCGUCCCCUGCCGCACAGUUGUGGCGGUAGGAGACAGGAGGCGCACCACGGUGCCGGAAGUAUGGCACAUGGCCGUUUUUGAUUGUCGGCUUCUUGAGCGUGGCUGGUGUGCUGCCUACGUUGUCAAUGGAGUGCUCAAUGUGGGCAGCAUACUGGAUGACUUUGACGCUGAUGCUCCUCUCGGCUGGCGUACCGUCCUGCUUGGAGGACAUCCACAAUCGGGCCUGCUCCCCGCUCGUCCAGGCCAGGUUUUUGUGCUGGCGUAUACUGUUCGGGAAGGAGGAGAGCCAGCUGCCCACAGCGACGACGUUGCUGCUGCAUCGUCCGCGGCUGCUUCCAGUCCGGCUCAGCGACAGGCCGAUCCAGAUCAAAGCGAAAGCACCGGGGACCCAGAAGCUGCGCCCCUGCUACAACCUACUGUUGCCGGUGGUGCGGUGGUGUCCACUGAGCAUCGUUUGCCUUUCCUUGUGCUCAUGCCAGAAUAUGUGCCUGAGGUCGUCGUUGUUCAGACCUCGCUUCCUGUCACGAUCGAGGCGGCCUGUGCUUUGGUCGAUGAAGCGAGGGAUGCACACAAUCAACACAGGUUCCCCAGGCUCCUGCCACUUCAGUUGCAGCCACCGUUGGACACGCCCUGUCUUCUUGCGGUGCCUGAUUGGCACUUCCCCGGUGUGCCCAUCUUGAUAGUCAGCUUCGUUCUCCCGUUUCGCCUGUUCACAGUCGUUGUGCCCUCUGUCAUCCGUGUCGAGGACAUUUUACACUUGGCCAGGAUUGAGACCCACGAUGUGAUGGUUUUCGUGAGGGAUCUGCCUUGGGCAUCGCCUCUCUCCGACCGACUGCAGGUGCAAGCCGGAGCUCUGUUCACGGUCUUCCCAGCGGGUGCUCCGGUGGUCCCGCCCCUACCGCUAUCUGUCAUGCUGGCUUCCUCGGAAGGUUGGCGCUCAGCGCCCAUUGCCUUGGGUCCCUUCGAACCUGGAGUUUGGUUGUUUACGGAAUUGUCCAAUUUCAGGUUCCAUGUGAACGGCCAGAGCGGGAGACAUUUACGGGCCGCAGCAGCAGACCACUUGUCGCUUCCAGAAGCGGAACUCACUUUCUUACCGACCUCGCCAGCUGUGCGAGACCACGCUCGGGGCGCGUCGAGGUCGCUAGCUUAUGUGCCAGAUUUGCGCAUUCCUGGCAAGUGUUGGUCAUUGAAUUCUGGAAAAGAAGACCCUGGAGGGCCGCGACGGACCUUGGACAACAUCCCGGUCCAGGAGACGAACGUGGUGAUCAGGCCUCUGCUUCUACCAAGCCAGAUGCCGGCACUGGCAGCACACAGAGAGGAAUCAAGCAACACGCCCUUGCCGAAGGCGGACCAGUUCUACCGCGGCGACGUACCUGUGUCAGGGGUCUGCUGUUGGGCAUGCGUUUUCUGCUGCGGACUGCUCCCAGAGCCAGAUGUGCCGUUUGCAUACUUUGUGGUGCUCUUGCUUGCACGGGCCAGGCCUGCUGUGGAUGGCCAACAUUUGGGCGUGUCUGACAAAGCCCUUGAGGUUCGAUCCGGGCUUACGGGAGAAUCCACAGUGAUGGAUGUACAGAUAGGACCGACGCUCUUGGAGGAGGCAGUCAGAUGUCCAGACUCGGAGGCCUUCUUCCUAUCCCGCACCCUUUUAGAAGUGCUUGUAGACUAUUUUAUGCCACAAGCCUCCGGUACCUGCCAGAAGUGCCCCGCUCAACCGGAGACAGGGCUGCCAGUGCAGGUCCGCCUUUGUGAACGACUCCCACUCACGGCCCACCAGGCCAGUGUGUUGAAGCUAGAAAGUUUGGUGCCUGCGCGCACGUCACUUCCUGGUUUGGAUUGGUUAGACACCGAUCUAGGGCCUCUCCUACGUGAUCCACUCGUUCCUUCGCACAAGCGCCGACUCUUUGAGGCCGUUCAAUUGAGCAAUCAGGUUCCCGCACAGACCUCCUGCACUCGUCUGUUGGCCUUUUCAGACGGAUCCACGGGUGUUGCUACUGCGGCCACGGGCAACUGCGCAGCUGGGCAGCAAGAUCCCAAUGCAGCCCUGGCCAACUUUACCACGUAUUUGCGUCAGCUUGCGGCACAGCGAGUCUCUCUCACUCAUGCGCAUGUGAAAGGGCACUCGGGACAGCUCGGCAAUGAGCUGUGUGACGAGCUUGCCAAGCACUGUCGCCGGCGUCCACCAGCCUCGGAUCAGGUCAUUCUGCCAGAGUGGCCGGCUAGAGUCUUCGAGCACCCGCUGAAGCCCUGGCUGUGGCUCACCGCCUCCAGCUCUUCGGAUUUGCCAACGCUCUUUUCGUUCGAGUCGGAGGCUCUCCGUAUGCAGUCGUCUCCCCUUCCGACCUUGUCGGACCCCGGCAUGGGUUUUGUGGCCACGCCCAGCUCAUCUGAGCCUGUUCCUCUGUGCUGCACUUUCAUGUCAUACAAUGUGCUCUCCCUUUAUGACCCGCACUACACAGGCAAAGGUCAAGGAGGCCAAGGUAUGAGAGUUGUGGCUAAACGCGACAUCCUCAAGCAGCAGCUUAAACAGAUGGGUGUAUUGUUCCUGGGACUUCAGGAGACACGUCUCCCUAGUUCGGAAGUCCUUCCCGAUAAAGACUUCAUAAUGCUGCAUUCUUCCUCGGACCCACAAGGUCACCAUGGGGUAGCCUUGUGGGUGGCCAAGCAAGUGUCCUAUGCGGUCGUGGCGGACAAGCCUCGCUUCUUGCAACAGGAGCACCUCACGGUCACGGGCCUUUCACCCCGGCACAUCACUGUCCAGGUCACGGCCCCCUUCCUUAACUGGACCGUUCUGGUGGCACACGGGCCGUCGGGAGCCAAUACAGAUGUACAUGCUAUCGCCGCUUUUUGGGCCCGAUGCAGACAGGAUGUGGCCAAGCGGCCCCGAGGGUCGGAGGUCGUCGUUUUGACGGAUGCUAAUGCGUGGCUGGGGUCUGUUCCCUCUCCCUCGGUCUCCGACUAUGAUUCUGAACCUGAGAAUAUAGCCGGUGAGAUAUUUCACCAGUUCCUCGCGGAGAUGGACUUGUGGGUUCCAUCGACUUUCGAGCUUUGCUGGCCUGUGGAUUCUCUCUUGUCUUGGGUCCAGUUGGACUUUGAGGCACUACAAGUGCACCCUGACCACUAUCCGGUGGUCUGGCAGGCUGUGGCUCUCUAUGACAGUUGGGUCAGGCAGGCCAGAUACGUCAUUGCAGGGGCGAGCGGUAGGCUGCGUCAGGUGGGCUUACAGUUGCGAGCGGCACUGCGCCAAGAUCGUGCACAGUACUUGGCUGGGCUUGUCGAAAACAUUUCCUUUUCGGACAUUCGGGACCCUAAGCAUCUCUACCGUGCGGUGAGGAAGGCCUUUCCUAGCGCCGCUUCGAAAAGGCGCCGGGCGUUUACGCCUUUGCCGGCGGUUGCAGACAAGGACGGGGUGUUGGCAGCCGAUGUCAACGAGCAGAGAGCCCUGUGGAGAGAACACUUUGCCAGCCUGGAGGCUGGUGAGCUCCUACCUCCUGGGGGCUAUGCUCAGGCACUCAUGCGUCAGAGGGCCGCGAACUCUCUCCAGACCCCGUGCUUUGACUUGGCCGUGGUUCCCACCCUGACUAGUGUCGAACAGUCGGUCCUCGGCCUCAAGCAUGGCAAAGCUUGUGGACAAGAUGGCCUGACCGCCGAACUCCUCAAGGUGCAUUCCCGUGGAGCGGCCAGGGCCCUCUUGCCCGUCUUCGUCAAAGGCAUCCUCGGAGUGCAAGAGCCGCUGGAAUUGCGGGGUGGGGCUCUUAUGCCCCUUGCAAAAAAGGCAUCCGCCGCCUUUGACUGCACCAAAUUCAGGGCUAUCCUGUUGUCAUGUGUGCCCAGCAAAAUGCUCCACAAGCAUAUCCGGACUUGCCUCAGCGCCCACCUUUGUCCACAAGACCUGCAGGCAGGGGUCCUUCCCGGUGUAAGCACCGAAGUCAUCUCUUUGGCUGCCAAGGUUUUCCAAGCCUUUUGCCAUGCCUCCGCCCGACCGUGGGCCCUGAUUUUCUUUGACGUCAAGUCGGCCUUUUAUAGAGUGGUAAGACAGCUCCUGCUGCCGGUCGGCGACUCGGACCAGGCCCUGCUGGAGCUCUUUCAUCGCCUCCGGUUGCCCCCAGCCUCACUUUCGGAACUCAAGGCGCAUCUUGAAAGUCUGGCCACCGUUUCCAAGUCUGGUUGCGGGGAGCAUCUCCAGCGAGUGGCCACGGACGUGCUACAGGGCACUUGGUUCAGGCUUGACAAAGAUGCGGCUCUUACCCUCACACAUUGUGGGACUCGUCCUGGAGAUGGGCUCGCAGACCUGUUUUUCGGGUUUGCGUUCAGCGCUUACCUGAGAGCAGCGGACGAAGCCCUCCUCGCUGCGGGUCUCGCCACGCCGAUGCCUGCUCCAAACGGCACCGAGCCUUGGGAGCUCUCCGUCCCUGGUACCAUCAGUUGCGGAUCGUGGGCAGAUGAUUUUGUUCACAUGCACUCCCAGCCAGCGGUUGUGGGUCUGGGGCGUGCCAUUCAGAAGGUCACCCAGGUUUACGUCGAACAGGCCGACUCCAUCGGUAUGGAGCUUACCUUUGCCAGGGACAAAACCGCUGCCCUUGUGGCAACCAGGUUCCAGGAGAAGGAUGAGUUUUGGCCGCGACACCCCACAGGCACGCCUUCUUUUCUUGAGGUUACCAGUGCGAUCAGCGGGAUCACUCAUAGCCUUCCGGUUGUCAGUGCUUACUGCCAUCUCGGAGGCAUCGUCACGGCGACCCUCACACCAGCACCUGACAUCGGUCUUCGUCAUGCCUUGGCAGCCAAUGGCGUACGCUCUCUUGGGCGUCGUCUCUUUAGCGCGCAGAAGAUCCCACUGUCUACCCGACGGGCACUGUUGCGCUCCUUGGUUCUGUCCAAAUUUGUGUUUGGCAGUUCGACCAUCAGGUUUGGUGCUGCGCUGCAUUUUUGCACCUGGGCCAGACACUAUGUCGCCUUAUGGCGUGCCCUCAUUCCCAGGACACGAGAAGCACGCCAGCCACACGCCUACACCGUCCUUCGGACUGCUGCGGCUCCUUCCCCUCCCUUGGCCUUGGCUCGUUCUGUCCUCCUCCGUCAACUGGCAACCAACGGACCACGUACCCUGCUGAGAUUGCUUUGGGUUCAAUGGGAAGCGGAUCCUGCAGGCUCUUGGUUGGGCUCCGUCGCAAGCGACGUGUCGCAUGCCUCUCUUUACCUGCCAGCAGCACGAGUCCUGCAUGCUUCGCCCUGUCCGCUCAAGGCUCUGCUUGAGGCGGUCUGGGAAGACCCAGGCUGGUGGACACGCCAGCUCAAAAAGGCCACCAAGCUCUGGCUCACCGACCUGGAGUCAUGCGCUUCUCAACCCUCACCAGCACCUGAGCCAGCCGCUGGCCAGACCGCCCCGCCUGCCGAGUCUUCCGACAACAGCCAGUUCUUCCCUUGUGAGUUCUGUGGUGCCCUUUUUCCACUGAGGAAACAUUUGACAGUGCAUUUGGCACGCCGUCAUGAUGUCAUCUCUCCUACCCGCCUUCUUGCCUCUGGGCCAACCUGUGUUGCCUGUCUCCGGCACUACCGCACGGUAGCGCGCUUGCAGAUCCACCUUAAAAGGUCUGGUGCCUGUUUGUACCGUUCUGCGUGUCUCUUCCCGCCUCUCGCCAUGGAUGAAGUCAGGGAAGUAGAGUCUCAGGAUAAGGCUUAUAAGAAGAGGGUUCUGCACGGGCAUUGGGAGGACUUUGCGGCUCCCCCAGCGGCUUGUCAGGCACAGGGGCCGCAGCAGAUUACUGCCGGCGAACGAGUCGAGAUUGAGGGUGAAGAGAUCGCACUCGGUACACUCUCUCGCCUGUUUCAUCCCUGUCCUUCCUUCUUGAGGGACAUCGAGGCAUAUGUGGAUGGUCGCUCCACUGAAGGUCCACGCGGCUGUGCCGUUCGCUUCUGGGAUCGCAGGCCACACUGA